AUGCUUGGUUCAAUGAGCACAAAUUAUAUGACUACGAUAAAAACAACUAUAAGCGAUGUUUGCAUUACACACAAUGGUAAUUGGACUGAUGAGAAACCAUAUGAAGUGAAAUCACGUGAAUUAUGCCCAGAAAAGCAGAAUAUUCCUAAAGACAGUUUUCAAACGAUGCGUGAUAAUACACAGCGUGCACCAUUAUCAAUAGCGAAUGUCAACCACAAAUUGUCAUCGACCGGUUCAAGUGGAAGUAGAGUUCAUGAACGACGCCCAAAUAGUCAAUGUGUUCCUACAAAUCUUAUUCAAAACAAUCUUUUUAAUACCAAGAGUAUAUACGGAAAGAAAGCUUUACACAUGCUUUUAAAGAGCGUUCGUAGUGGAAGUGGGCUUGGCUAUGUACAAGGACAGCAAAAUGGUAGAAAUGUACGACACAGAAAUUGAUUGUAUUUAUUCGGCAAAUAUAAUUGGUGCCUCCAUAUCUAUAACACGUAUCUGUUUUCAAUUUUGUUUUCACCUCUGUAACCCAAAACCUUCUCUCAAUAUAUACUCAUUACUUACUUCCAUUGAUAUGCAGG